UCAGUAACUGCAAUGGAUGAAAGGGUAGUUAUUAAUGUUGGAGGAAUCAGACAUGAAACCUAUCAGGCUACUUUAAAAAAGAUCCCUGCUACGCGUCUUUCAAGGCUUAGCCCAGCACAGUCGAAUUAUGAUCCCCUAUUAAAUGAAUACUUUUUUGAUAGACAUCCGGCUGUGUUUGAGCAGAUUUUAAAUUAUUACCGUACGGGCAAGUUGCAUUACCCUACCUCAGUCUGUGGCCCUUUAUUUGAGGAAGAACUUGAAUAUUGGGGACUCGACGCUAAUCAAGUCGAACCUUGUUGUUGGAUGACCUAUAAUCAACACAGGGACACCCAAGAAACUUUAGCAGUUUUGGACAGACUGGACAUGGACUGUCUAAAAGACGAAGACCCCCAGACAAGAGAACAACAGAGAAUGAAAAAGUUCGGUUGGGAGGAAGAAUAUUGGGAAGGUCGAUUGGAUUGGUGGAUGAGGAUAAAGCCGAAACUUUGGGCACUUUUUGAUGAGCCUUACUCUUCUGCGGCUGCUAAAGUAGUUGCUUCCAUCAGUGUUUGCUUCAUUUGUGUCUCUAUAUUCUCCUUUUGCCUCAAAACUCAUCCCGGUUUUCGAGUUCCUCUUUUAUCCUCAGAUAAUGAUAACAACAACUUUACAACUCAUAUGGGUGAAAAUAAUAACCUCAGCAAUAAUAAUUAUAAUUCUCCUCAUAUCCAUUCCUCUACUACUUCGAAUACUGCAAGUGACCAUAAAAUUGGCACUGAACCUCACAAAUAUUUUUCUCAGAUUGAAUUUAUUUGCAAUAUUUGGUUCACUUUUGAAAUUAUUGGCAGAUUCCUCUGUUGCCCCAAUCGCAUUCACUUUAUCAAAUCUCCAUUAAAUAUAAUUGAUCUGAUUGCUACACUUAGUUUUUAUACGGAUGCAGUAUUAGUCCGUUUAUUAGAUGAUAAAGCACCCAAAGAUUUGGUUGAAUUUCUUUCAAUGAUACGCAUUUUAAGGCUGUUUAAACUCACUCAACACCAUCGGGGUCUUCAAAUAUUAAUUCACACAUUCCGUGCAUCUGCCAAAGAAUUGAUGCUUUUGGUUUUCUUUCUGAUUUUGGGUGUUGUUAUUUUUGCUACACUAAUUUAUUAUGCCGAAAAAACUGAAAUUAAUCCCAAUAAUCAGUUUACGUCUAUUCCUGUUGGUUUAUGGUUUUCUUUGAUUACUAUGACCACUGUGGGAUAUGGAGAUAUGACCCCACAGACAUAUCUCGGCCGGUUGGUAGGCUCAUUAUGUGCAGUUAUGGGUGUUUUAAGCAUUGCUUUACCCGUACCCGUUAUUGUCUCAAACUUUGCCAUGUUCUACUCACACUCACAGGCUCGUGAAAAGCUCCCAAGGAAAAGGAGACGAGUUUUGCCCGUUGAACAAGUUCGCCUACAAUUUCGAAGGCACGCUCAAAGCUCUUUUAUUGAACCUCAUAUAUUAAGCAGAACAGCCUCACAAAGAAGGAAUGCUAUUGCAAAUGCUAUAAUUAAUAAUUCAGAGCGCAGCACUGAGAUGGUUUUAGACGCCCGUCUCAGUCUCCUACAGAAUGCCGCCCCUCUCCCAGACCGUCAACCUGCAGCAAAGAUUUCAAAUAGCUCCCCUUUAGGGAUCUUGCUCAACAACAUUCGAGCUAGCGCUUCUCAUUGUGGAUCUCCCUCCUCAAAAGCUAAACCGUGUCGGUCACCAAGAAGUCCUUCUAGCCCUGUGAAUGGUCCUACUCCAAACACUCCAACUACAAAUAAAUAUAAGAAAAGGAACUCCCUAGGCAUUGAUCAACAAGGAUUUGGUGGAACAGUUACCUCACAGCAACACAGGUUGUUAAAAGGUUAG